AUGUUUCAAUGGAUUUAUACAGAGGCAUCCAAAUUGAGAUUUGGUUGUGUAAUCAAAAUAUACGAUAAUGGUUCAGAUAGAAUAGGUGCAUUUGUGACAUUGGCAUGUGAAAGAAAUGAGAAAUAUAGACCUUCUCUUCAAAAUUUCAAACGAGAAGAAACAUGUUCACGAGGUUAUUGGUUGACAAAUAACAAAUGGAAGUUUAAUGUGAUAUGUGGUUUACAUAAUCAUGAUUUGUGUGAAAAGUUAGUUGGUGAUCCAAUUCCAUGUCGUCUUAUGCCGAAAGAGAAGAAAUAUGUUUAUGACAUGACAUUGAAUUUGGUGCAACCGAAAAACAUACUUGCAACCUUGAAGUGUAAGAGACUUGGGAAUAUUGUAAAUAUUAGACAAGUGUUAAGUAGGCGCUAUCAAACUAAAUUAGCGUUGAAGGGAGAUAUAACUGAAACUUCUAGAUGA